UUCACUAUACGCUUUCGGCCCAUCAGAAAAGAGAUAGUAAGUUAAAUGUAUAAUAAUAAGACUAAAAACACUCGUAUUAAGCCACUUGUUCCCGUAUCUACGAUAUUGGACUCUCAAACCAUGCUAUACUGCUUCAUUGAUUACAAAUUUCCACUCCAUUAGUCCUCUUCAUAGACGUCACAUGAUUAUCUGGAUGACUGAUUCUCACCUCAACUGAUUCGUUAUUGAACAUCGAGCUGGUUUCAAAUUUGACGCGAUGAACAUGGCAAGAGAAUACUCCGCCGUCUCUAACUUGGAAGUUCGCGGCUUUUUUGUGAGCCGAGUGAAAAUUGCCCUGACGAUCUUUGUGAUUUUAUUGCUGUUAAUUAUUCUAGUCACGCUAGGUGUGUUGCUGGCUCACGAGAAAGGAAAAGACAAGAGCGGUCAAACCAGAGAUGAGGCGAGAGUUGGCGAGGAAGAGCUUUCCUUGACACCAAUGUCCUGUGAUGUAGUGGUGGUUGGAGGAGGUAUUUCAGGUAUGUAUAUGGCAGAGACACUCAUGCGAAAGAAGAAAGAAGACGACGUGUGUUUGUUUGAAAAAGACUCCAGAUUUGGAGGAAGGAACUAUGACCACAGAUUUAGCCAAGCACCAAACAUCAGCAUCAGUUUAGGAGCUUGGCGAGUAGACAAGAACCACAAGACUGUAAUGGACCUCGUCAAACGUUUUAAUAUCCCGAUGUUUGAAAUGGAUGGCAUUAGACUGGCAUAUGUGGAAACUAGAGGAUUCUACGCGUCAAAUCUCCAGUCGCUCAAGGAACAAGCUUUUCCGUCUCUCUUAUCAGGCGAAUUUGCAAACAUGACCUCGUCAGAGAUGUCUCGGUCUGCUUGGAUGAAUAUGACGAGAGAGAAGGCGCUCGAAUUUCCCUCUUAUCAAGAUUUUAUGUGCAAGCGACUCGGAAGUGAAGGGUGUGAAUAUAUGCGGUCCUCGUUUGCGGUCAAAGUGGAUUACAACAUGGAAGAAAGCACCCUGUUUACAUAUGAGCAUAACCAAGCAAAUAAGUAUUUUUCGUACGAUUAUCUUAGACCAUUCGGUGGGUUAUCAGAAAUCACCACCGCGCUGGAAAACUCCGCGAGACGUUUUGGGGUUAAGAUGUAUUUGAACGAGAAAGUCGAGGCACUAAAUAGAAAAGGAAGCUCGUUUGCUGUUCAAACAGAAAAGUUUUCCGUGUCGGCCAAAAAGCUCAUUAUUGCUGUCCCAAGUUUUCCGUUUGAAAAGAUCACCGGAGAUGUGGCAACCGAGAUUAAAAGUAAUUAUUUGUUUAAAUCUAUCCUCGCUCGGCCGUCGUUUAAAGCGGCAGCAGUUUACAGUUACCCUUGGUGGGAAAACGCAACUUCCUCUCAGAACAUAACACUGAAGCCAUUUGAAAUAUUUGUGUCAGGAUCCAAUUGUUUGACUGCUAUCAUGCCAUACAGCGGUAGAGGACCUCAUGGAGAAGCCGUCAUUCAGUUGUCCUACUCUUUAUAUGGCUGCUCAGUCAAGUGGGGGAAAUUUUCCAAGCUUCCCAAAGAGGUCUUUGAGUCGGAACUAAAAAAAGCUGUGCAGGAAGUGUUUCCAGGGAUGGUUGUACCUGAGCCUUUAGAUGUGGUAUUCAAAUAUUGGGAUAAUAUAUGCUGGUAGG